ACAGCGUUUUUGUUCGUCUUCGACUCUUCGACACUGUGGAAGCCGGCGGGCGAAAACCGGAAUCAGAAAACCCCAUUGACGGAGAGAUCUUAUUAAUAUUGUCCUUUAAAGAAGAAGCUAUGCCCCGAAGACCAACAAGACGCAUCCGUUUCUCGAAACCACGGCCUUCUGUUUUCUCUGCCUUUGGUCGUUCUGUUGCUGCCUCAACCUUCAAGCACAAGCGUCAAACCCACAACCCCAACUUCAAAGAAAAAGUUCUCUCCAAAUGCGCAGAUGAUGACAAAUUCUUGAAGCACUCUGUGAAAGAUGAGAUGGGAGGAUCCGAAUCUUCUGAUGAAGAAGAGCACAAUGAAAUCGUCCAAGCUGAUUUUGCAUUCUUUGAUCCAAAACCUGAUGACUUCCAUGGAGUGAAGAUCUUGCUUCAGACCUACCUGGAUAACAAGCAGUGGGAUUUGAGUGGAUUUGUAGACUUGAUACUGGCACAGACCACAGUAGGGACAGUGGUUAAGUUAGAGGAUUCAGACGAAGAUGGUCUGUUUUCAGUUGUUACUGCUCUUAACAUGGGGCGAUAUAAGGAUCACGGAUGCAUUACUGAGCUCAAUGAGUUCUUGAUUGAAGUAUGCCAAGAGAAGGAUGUAUCCAGUAAACUUAGAUUGUUUUUGGGAGAGGAAGCAUCAAAUGUUGGGCUAUUGGUUUCCCAGCGAGUGGUGAAUCUUCCUCCUCAACUUUUGCCUCCACUCUAUGAUGCCCUUUUUGAUGAAGUCUCAUGGGCAACAGAAGAUGAGCCAACUGAGGAGCUCCAGGAUUCCUUCCGCUUUAAGUUUUAUUUAGUGUUAACUAAAAUCUACAAGCAUAAGAAUGCCAACCAACAGAAGGGUACUUCGAAACAUUGCACUGAUGAACCAAUAAUAUAUCUUAAGCCAGAAGAUGAAAUUUUUCAUAAGUUAAGCUCAUGGUCCUUCAGUUUUCCUCUUCGGACUCAGCAGCCGGCUAUGCAUGAGCUGAGGAAUUACACGCUGACGGGACUCGUCAUGGCUGUAGAAGCAAACAAUGUUCCUACAUUUCGCAAGGAGUUGAAAUCUCUAAUAAGUGAAUCUUGAGGCCAUCCCAAAGGUGUUGUGACGUGGCGUUUUUCUAUUCAUAUUUCCCCACC